CAACAUGGCGGAGGAACUUCACAAAUAUUUACGUCGACUGCUGAAUAAGGUGUCCGGGCUUCAUGCAAUUGUGAUUGCCGACAGAGACGGCGUACCGGUCAUAAAAGUUGCAACUGAUCAUGCUCCCGACCUAGCGCUUCGACCAGGUUUCCUAGCAACCUUUGGGAUGGCAACAGAUCAAGGAAGUAAGUUGGGUUUGUCAAAGAACAAGCGUAUUAUUUGUAUGUACACAACUUAUCAGGUUGUCCAGUUCAACAGACUUCCACUCGUAGUGAGUGUCAUUGCAGACAGUGAAACAAAUACAGAUUACGACGAGUGCGAAAACAAUGCGAGUGCUUGUUUGGAGUUAGCAACAUGCAAUAACACCAUAGGCAGCUAUAUUUGUAUAUGUUCUCACGGAUAUGAGGGUGACGGUGUGACUACCUGCACAGAUAUUGACGAAUGUGCCAAUGAUAAUGAUUGUGUGGAGUUAGCUACUUGUAUCAAUCUAGACGGAAGUUAUGCAUGUAAUUGUACGGACGGAUACGUCGGCGAUGGUCUGUCUACCGGAAGUGGGUGCGAAGAUAUUGACGAAUGUGCCACUGGUAAUGAUUGUGUGGAGUUAACUACUUGUAUCAAUCUAGACGGAAGUUAUGUAUGUAAUUGUACGGACGGAUACGUCGGCGAUGGUCUCUCUACCGGAAGUGGGUGUGAAGAUUAUGAUGAAUGUAUCAACGACCAACCCUGUGACGAGUUGGCAUUGUGUACGAACACUGAUGGAAGUUAUAAUUGUGAGUGUGCCAAUGGGUAUGAUGGUGAUGGGCUCGCGACGGAACAGGCGUCCGGUUGUCAAGAUGAGGAUGAGUGCGUUUUGCAAAGUGACAACUGUCAUGACAACGCCACUUGCACCAACUCAGAUGGCUCGUUUGACUGCGUGUGUUUCACUGGCUUUAGCGGCGAUGGAGUCACCUGUUUAGACGACGAUGAGUGUGUCACCGAUGCUAAUGACUGUCUGUCAAGCGAUGUUGCUACAUGUACCAACACAAUUGGAAGUUUUCGUUGUUCUUGUAAAGAUGGGUACGCCGGUGAUGGCGUAAACUUAUGUGAAAAUAUUGAUGAUUGUGAUGGCAUCGAUUGUAGUUCCCAUGGUAACUGCGAAGAUGGCAUUAACAAAUAUAGAUGUAUUUGUGUCCAUGGUUACUAUGGUUUGCAGUGCGAAAACGAUGCUUCGUACGAAGUAACAACGACCACGUAUAUACCAGACUCAUUCUACUGGUCUUUUGAUACCGUGGAAGACGCAGCUGACUCACAGGGACCAUAUUACCCACAAUUCAAUGCCAAUGGCGCUCAUAAUGGCUACUUAACAACAACCGAUGUGUAUAAACCCGGCAUUGAUGACAAGGCAGUCAUUUUUCAGCAACUUAACGACGACUGUAUCCAGUUUGGGGAUGUUUCUACCACCUGCUUUGGUAAGCCGUCAGAGUGUGUCUCAGGACUCACUGUAGCACUGUGGAUUCGUCUCAGUAUCGGAGCUCAGCCAAUAUGGCCGCCAAACUAUCAUCACCUCAGAAUAAAUGAAACUGGUGCUAUGGAUGAGCUUGCUACCGGGAAAUACGACGAACUGGUGAUGUGGCUACAGAGUAUAGAUGAACUACCAGAUGCUGAUAUGCGUCUGGUGUUCAUGGGUGGAAACGAUGGCGACAAUUGUACACACCGACCGUGUGUGAACGGGGAAUGCCAUGAUGACGGCUACGAAGCUUAUUACUGCGAAUGUCCCCCUGGGUUCAACGGCACGUUGUGUGAGAUAGUAACGCUGUAUUUGUUGUUAUUCACACAAAAUACAGCUCUAAAUGAAUGCAUCUCAAACCCAUGUCGGAAUGGCGCCACCUGUCACGAUGAAGAUGGAUACUACUUUUGCGAAUGCGUAUUCGGUUAUGAUGGGAUAAACUGUGAAACCGAUAUUACACCUAACUAUAACUUCAGCAAUAUACUAGAGAUCAAACCACAGCAUUUGGACGGAGUUGCCAUAGGUGCGGAAAGUGUUCUGUCUAACCCAUACUACCAGCUAGCCGACGUGUACAGGAACCUGGCUGUGGAUACACAAUAUACCGUACAUGGGAGGGGAUAUAUACCAGCGCUCGGGCGUUCCUCGAUUGGAACAUAUCCGAAUAUCAACUCUAGAUACACGUACUUUGAUACCGAUAUCACUCACUGUGUGAAUAGUCCAAGUACCUGUCAUGAUGGGUUUACGGUGUCACUUUGGCUCUACCUACAGGAGUCGGGUAAAGAUAAUCAAACGAAUGUGCUCGUCUACGCAGGAGGAGAGACAAAUAACAGAAUGGCGAUGCAGAUUGACGAUUCUUAUCAAAUGCAGUUUCUUGUUGCUGAUGGAGUUGUAGAAAACAUCGUCAGUGUUUCUAGCAACAGACUAGUGUGGGACGGAUGGGCAAACUACGCAUUUACGUGGCACCCAGAUGUGGGCAUCACGGUAUAUAUAAACGCCGUGAAGGUAACCGGUAAUAUGUACUCAUACGUCACAAACGGGACGGACUCCGACUUAAAGUUUACUAUCGGCAGUCAGUAUGGUAACAGUGUACCCGGCGCCAUCUUUGGAGAUCUCGUUAUAUGGAGCAGGGCAUUGUAUCAGUUCGAGUGUUUUAAACUACUGGGUAUUACAGAUGAAGAAUACUACCAUAUGUCGAAUGACGACUAUUAUUGGACAACUGAUGCAUAUUUCAGGAGGGACCACGAAACUCUGGCCACGCAUGCGCCGUAUUUAUCGAUGUACAUUCCCAUUGAGGGAACGCUAAAUAUGACGAUUGGACGCGACAACAAAGGUGCUGCUGUUGACAUAGAGGGCGUAAAUUAUGACUGGCUGUUGUUAGGAGAGUUUAAAUACGAGUGUAUAACCGAUCCGGCGAGGUGUGUGAAUGGCUUUGCGGUUUCUACCUGGGUGAAGCUACAGAACCACGAAGACGAUGAUCACCACUUUAUCUUGUCGUCAGGAGAGCAAGGCACGCGUGGUUUUAGUUUUUACCAACGGGACGGAAAUCUUGGUAUUGGAGUUACUGAUGGCACAAGGCGUUGGAUUAUUGAGCUACAGUCUGGGGCACCAGACGGCGUUGCAGCGGAGGGAUUUAGUCUUGUGAUACAUAAUGGUAAACUGAUUGUUACAGUACGUGAUACAACCAAUAAAUGGGAAUCCUUGGUUUCAAUGGCGGUGAUACCUUAUGGCAAAUGGUUUAACUUGGCGUUUACAUGGAACGCGAACGAGAACAUUACAUUGUACGUAGAUGGCGUUGUUCGGGAGCCGGAUAGCGUUCAGUACACAGAUGAAUUCACCAAUACCCAUUACGAUGCUCUCACGCUGGGAUGUAAGCUUAACGCCGGUGGCGCUCUUGAUGAGUUCGGCGAUUUUGACGUCUAUUCCGUAGUUAUCUGGGAUGAAUACACAUAUCAAGCCAAGCUACAUAGACUGCUUGGACUUUCACCAACCGAACGGAAAUACUAUCUUUCGUCAGACCUGUACUGGCCAUUUGAGCUGUCUGCUGCUGUUAGACUCGAUCACCAUUUUGAGUUAAUGAAUUCGGCAGUGUACGUCAAUGAUCGUAUAACCGUCGGCAGAGCAGUGCACACUGAUGGAGUUGAUGGGUAUGUGUCACUGGGUGAUUUCAACGGCCAUUGUCUGAGUGACCCAAGUUUGUGUCUUAAUGGACUUGCUGUUGCAUUAUGGGUUAAGCUGGAGGACAUCGCACUCGGCAGCGGACACGUCCUGAGCACCGGGGCGCAGAAAAGCGGUAAGUCAAACGUGCUAUUAUUCAGAUACAUAAUGUCCAUGGGUCAAACACAUUUCCGUUCCUAUGAUGAGUUCACUGAAUUCACUCUUGGACGCUCCAACUACGGGAUAUCCUCUCCAUUGAAAGCAUGGUUUGAUGAUGUCAUGGUUGUAUUGCCUGAUGCAAGCACUGCUGUCGAUGACGAUCUGUCUGACGUAGAUGAUAGUGGAACAUACAAUACCGCUGACGAGCACUACGAUAUAACAGACCCAGACAGUGGUGUUGAAAUUAUACACACAACUCUCACAUUAGACAGAGAGGGUAUUGAAGGUGGCGCUGUCUAUACAAGAGACAAUAGCCACUUGGGUUACAUCGAUAUGGGUUACUAUGGAGGACGUUGCAUCAGCGAUCCUUCAAAGUGCCUUGAAGGCGGUGUGACUAUAUCAGUAUGGAUUUUAUUGACAGACACCCGUCAUUUUGAGGACGCAUCCACAAAUCCUGGAGGUGUCGGAUACAUUCUUAGUUCUGGAGCUCAGUCAAAUCUUGGUAGAGGUUUCGCAGUCUACACAAAUCAGAACUACACCUACUUCCUGGUGCAUAAUGGACAGAAUAAAUGGCAAAUACAAUUGGAAUACAUCUUCAACAGUUUUUGGUUAAACGUUGCCAUGUCGUGGAGUGAAAGUAAAGGACUUAAAGUCUAUAUUAAUGGUUCACUUGAGGCGUAUACUAAUACCGGCGAGACGGGUGCAGCAAGACCUGAUUUUUAUCAGUUUCUUCACUUGGGAAAGAGAAAUGACGCCGACGAAGAUUACCUUGGCGGCACCUUUGAUGACCCAGCUAUAUGGUACGAGGCUUUCGACGAGGACGUCACAUCGGAAUUGGAAGAAAUAUUAACCGGUGGAAACACCGAUGAAAUUCACGUGACAACAAACCAUGCUGAGUUAGAUGCUCUUUCUGCUUUCACUGGUAACCCCGACUGCGCAGAUCGUCAUGAGGCAAAUUGCGCUCGUAAUAUUGAUGAGCUGUAUCAGCUGAUUAUGAGUGAAACUCUUGAUGAUGUAGGAUUUGCAACCGUAGUGGAGAAGCUACAUGAAUUAUUCGCCCCAAACAUGUACAUCUCAGCUGACGAGCUCCAGACAUCGGUGUUGAUCGUUGAGAAACUAACUGGUCCGUGGCGACCGGAGAGGAUGAACUUAACAGAAGUUGUGGAUGAAUUCCAUAAUCUUGUUGAAGUUUCUAGUAAGCUUGUAGAUGCAAGUCGAGCAGCUAAGUGGAACGAAGUUCACAGAACUCAAUCAGGAACUUCACAGUUGGUAAAGGCAUUGGACGACUGGAGUAUGCAACUUGCCCAGUAUUUUGACAAAGACCUAGAUCUAGUCGUUGUUGCAGACAACAUAGCUCUUGAAGUUCAUAAAUGUCCGAUGUCAGAGUUGGAUUUACACCAGAUACGCAUAUUUCCAAAUUACGAGGAUUCUCGAUGGAACAGAACGAAUCAGAUGUGGAACAAACCCACUGACAAUAUUGCUACGCCGAAUAUCUUGUUUGAUUUCACAAUUAAGGGGUACGAUACGGUGAUAUUCAUAUUCUUUGAAUACAACACGUUAAAAGAUAUGUUUCCGCAGUUUCCACAUGAAAACAUUGGUCUAGAUUACGGCGAAGUCGUCACUGUUGGCAGCCGAAUUGUCUCUCUGCAAACAUCGCCGCCACUCAGAGAAGACUUGUAUCUCCCCGUUGAGAUAACACUACAGCAUUCAAGGAAUCUUGAGGUCGGAGAAACUGCACUAUGUGCGUUUUGGAACUUUACAGUCCCGGACACAGUCUUCGGUGCCUGGGAUACGGCAGGUUGUUCUAUCCAGGACACUGGUCUAUCGCAAACCAUUUGUGACUGUGUGCAUUUCACAAACUUCGCUGUCGUUAUCACACCUCCGGUCAUAGAGAUUAAGACUAUUGAUGACAUCAUUCUUGAAUACAUUAUGUUAAUUGGCGGAGGUACAUCCAUGGCACUGGUAUUACUGCUUGUUAUGAUGUUUGUGUGUGUCAGUUAUCUUCACACCAUACGGCAUGUAAUUCACAUUAAUCUGUGUGUUGCUAUAUUCGGUGGCACACUGGCGUUCAUUCUCACUAUCCCAUUACACGACAACCAGAACGAUUGCGUAAUUCUCGGUGUGUGUAUGCACUUCUUUUACUUGUCUGCCUUUACUUGGACGUUGUUGGAAGGAAUUAAUCUCCUGGUAGAUAUUAAGAAAGCAAUUACUGGAAGUGCAGACUUGGAUGACAAGGAUAAAACAGAGGGGGCAAACUCACUCUGUUCUGAGAUACUUCGAUAUUACCUAAUACUUGGUUGGGGAAUUCCAGUGUUGGUCGUUGGAAUCACGUUCGCAAUGUCACUGGACAUAUAUGGACAUGCUCGGAUCUGUUGGAUAUCAGUUGACGAUUUCGCUUACAUGUAUUUUGCUGGGCCAGCCGCAGCAUUACUUAUAAUAAAUUACGUCAUUAUUGCCGAAGUGAUGAAAACAAAAAGAGAGAGCAAGGACGUUGUUGAAUUCCACUCCGGUUUUACGUCCAGCAUUCGAGCUGCAAUUUUCUUGCCGCUUAUACUUGGAACUGGCUGGGCAUUUGGUAUACUGUAUCUCAUGGGUGAUUAUAUCGUGUAUCGUUAUGUUUUCAUAACUCUCAUUGCUUGUCAGGUUCGCGCUGUGUUCCUGCGACGUGACCCUACCGUGGAACUGACCUCAGUUAAACGCAUAUCUCUGAUGAUCAGAUUCAGAUUGCAGUUCUUCUUGUGGUUGGGUUUAUUGGUAGAAUGUAUAGUCAAAGGUACACCAACAUACGUGGUUGUGGAGAUGUCAAUGGACUGGCAUGACGCGAAGACUGAAUGUGAAUCACGGUCUGGGAAACUUGCUGAGAUACAUUCACAGGCAGAGCAGAAUGAAAUUGAACCCCUAUUGCCUUCUGGAUCAUACUGGAUUGGUGUUAACGACAUGAAUGAUGAAGACCGAUUUGAGUAUGCUACUGGUGGACGGAUAACAUACAAUAAUUGGGAUGACGGACAGCCAAAUAAUUUUUUAAAUCAAGAUUGUGUAGUAUUACAGGGAGAAUCUGGUUCUUGGAAUGAUGACUGGUGCAAUGUUGAUAGUUCUGGCGCUGUGUGUGACAUUACAAGUUAG